CUCAACUGCCUGAUUUGGACGACUGACUGUGAUCACAGGCUCUAAAUGCUGUGCAGCUGCGGGAAUUCGCGUAAAGUCAGCCCCGUGAAAUGCACCACAAAUUUGGCCGGAUAUAUGGGAGAACAUCUAUCGCAAACCUUUUAUAACCGGAUGGUUAUUCGUGAUAUACAAUGUGGCGGUAGAGCACUGUCCCCAAUGUGUAUAGGUAUUGGACAACCAACCCCGAUUGACUUAUCUGAUUGCUACGGGGUGACAAACUGUGAUCCACGCACUGUUUUGUGCGUGGCUGUGCAUUACUUCCAGCGGACCUACCGUGUAAUACCAGCAAGCAAGGAGAUUCACUGUACACUUCAGCAACGCGACGGAAUCGCAGCAAGUAAAUCCUGUGAUCAGCAGGGGACGUCCAGUCCAUCCAGUGUGGGGGCUACUGACCAGCAGGGGAUGGGUAAAAGUACAAAAUCUAGUGGGAAGAAACUGGCACUCGUCACCUUCCUUGUUUACUAUCCUGUUGGAUUUAUGAAGAGUGCAAACGAUUUGCUCAUAUUGCCCGAACAGAAUAAACACGCUCAUCUUCCUCCGCAUGAACAUGAGUUCGUCGCCUACCCAAAAAUGUUCACUUUGCCGGUUGAGGAAGUUGGUAGCCGGAUCGUUUGGGGCAUGAUGAACAGUCACAAGCUGAGGUUGAAUGCACUAACUCUUUCUGGAGAUCUCCUAUCCGCUUGUUUGGGUAACCAUCCAAGCUUGAAGAUCCGCACACGGGAGGAAGCUGAAAGCGCGUCUUCACUGGAAUGUCCGCUCUUAAACCAGUUCACAAUCACCAGCAAAGGACUGUACACCAGACUAUGCGUUAUUCAGCGGCUGCAACGUGAAGGUGUGAACAGCACUCGUCUUGAGACAUGCACACUUCCAACUGAUCGAUUAUGGUAUUCGAAAGUAUUGACGGUUAGAACAAACAGUCCAGCUGUUGAGUCUUCUCCCCCAUCGGAGCCUAGUGAACAUUCAGAAGCUUCAGAACAGAUUAAGGCGAAAACGGAGACGUCCCUACUUGACUGGAUUGGCUUCAAACUAAAAAAAUGCAUGCUAAACAGAGUAGACUUAAGUCCUGCCGAUGAGUACGUCGUCAACUGUAUUCACGUCGUCUUCGUUAGACGAGAAUCAACUGACUGCGGUGAGGCUAUCUGCGAGACUUUGCGGACGGCCACCUUCUCGCCUGCCAAGUUAAGACGUACACGAGUUCGUGGCACGGUUCAAAGCGGAAUCAAACUUAAACGUCGAUUCAGUGACCUGGAUUUAUCCACUCAUACCACGGAUCCAGUCAACCGAGAUAACCAGAAGAUUCCGUCACCGGAAAGUUUGGAUCCUCUUGGCUUGAAAUCCGAAGCAAAAUCGGAGUGGUCAAUGCUUUAUUCAGAUUCUCUUCCAUGGAAGCGGUCGUAUAGUCCACCACCUUGUAAUAAUGGUCCCUUGUCACCGACAUCCUUACUUCAUGCCUCAAUAGCUAUCAGAGUUAAGCAAGGCGCCUAUCUGUGUCGGCAGUCUGCAGCUUUGAAAGAUGAUCAAUCGACUGUGUGUCAGCUGACUGCUGAUCAGACCGAUCUGAGUGAUGCUGGAUGCGACGUGACCUAUCAAACGAGAAAUCGUGUGCCACCCAAGCGCUACGAUCUUGCUGAACAGGAUCUGGAAAUGGCCUUACAAAGAAGUCUAAAUGACAAGUUGACUGGAGAUAGGAGAUUCUCCAAGCGCAAAUCACAAGUCAAGGUGAGAUUAAACACGACCAGUUCCGAAGACAGCGCUUUGGAUAUGAAAUGCACAGAUAGCGUGCACACUACCAAUCGGACCAAAGCGAUAGUGCAUUCGAUGGGGAAGAUACCACAAAGAAUUAUACGAAAGCUGGAUCGAAGAGCGGGAAAGAUUACGUCACGUGGUAGACAUGCCACUGGUUCGACAGAGACAGCAACCCGGAAACCAUGUUCUCUCGAACCUACUCUGAAAGAACACAAAACGGGUGAAAUUCGAGGCCAGACGGACAUGAUUUCGCGAAAGGCUACUAGACGGCGGGUAAAAAUGAAACGUCUUGGGCAUAUAUCAGACAAAAAACACGGUGGCACGGUGGGCCAGACGGACGAGCUUCAGCAUAUCAAUCGAAUUGGCCAUCCUCAAGGAUCAGAGCAAGCUUCUACGGAUUUAUAUCUGAAUUUGCCAAAGCUAACCGUACUGAAAGGCGAAGAAGGGAGUUUCACGGUUAAACCGAGGUGUUCAACAGAAGUGUCACCGAUUAACCGAACAUGCAAGGAACUGCAUGAUUGCUCUUCCAACUUAGCCCGUACCAAUCUCCCAUCAUCUCCUACGCCGGAACUUCCAACCUUCAGGAUAGAAAAUUCAGCUCAGGUUUUCAACGAUUUCCCCUACCCGCUCAACUUGUCCGUAACGGAACAAAAUCACUUUUGUCAGUUAUCUACCGAUGUAGACAGUUCACACCAGUCCGACGGGGCCAGACAUACCCCUGGUCCUUGUACCAAUGCCCUACCCUUUGUAAACCAAUCUCUACAAUUGAGUUGCUCAGGGCCCAUGAUACAGAGCUCAUCUAUCCUUCCUUGGUCGGCCUCCACGUCACUCUCUCAGGAAAUCCCCAAUGAUCAAAUUGGUAAGUGCCUCCGGUGGAAGAGUUCGGAAACGUUAACUUUAUCAGGCCCCUCCACACCUCUUACCAUGUGGACCAAACUUCAACAUCCUCUCCCACCUCCGGAAUUCAGGUCAUUUCAGCCAUUUCGUCCCGAAUUUGCGGGUGGCUAUACUCAAAACAGUAUCGCUGCGACAACGACGAACCAACUACACUGCAGCAGCCUUCCUACACCAUCAAACCCCAUCGAACCCUACAACUUGUGUGAUGGAUAUGGUUCUGGAAACUUGUGUUCCCUGACCGCAGUUCCACCAUUGCCCAACGCCACUCUAGUCUGCAACCCCUCUCUAACGACCAAUCCGGAAAUUUGCAUACCGAGUCAAGCAGACCACCCUGGUCCAAACGAAGAUGAAAGGCUCCUUUCCCAAUACACCCAGAUUGUGCAAAGCAAUAACUUAGCCUGUGAGAAUAUCACUUUCAAUAUUGUGACUCGGAUGAACCGUCAAAGUGAUCCGUUGCUAUGGUCGAGUGUACCACCUGCCCUCGGAGCCUUUUCGAACCAACCGGUAGACGCCAUUCCCUGUUCCAGACCAGUAACACAAAUUCAGCCAAUCACAAGCACAACCUACUGGAACCCUAUGUGUAGAACUUUAGCGGCUGACGUGUGCCAACCCGUAGCCACGGUACUUCAUACUCCAUCACUUCUUCAGACUAAUUUACCCCCUGUGUUUCUUCCAUCAGCCCCAGCCCACGAAAUUACGACAGACACCUGCAAAAGUUUCUUUUAUGUUCAACCAACUGUGAACUCCCACCAACCCAACCCUUUUGUCACUCAAUUCCAACCAGUGGGUUUACUGCCCUUUUGUGAAACAUCAACCCCAUUGGCUGUGCUUCCAGUCCCCUGUCCACUGCAAUUUAUCACGUGA